AUGCGUAUCGGAGCGAGUGAGUUAUGUCGAGAAGAGCAUGAAUGUAUGCUUAAAUUCCUGCUCGUUGGUGACUCAGAUGUUGGCAAAGAUGAAAUAGCGGACUUUUUGGGGCCAUCAGUCUCAUACACUCCAGAUGCUCUUUUCAUACCGUUUGCAGUUCCUAAGACAACAGUAAUACUGUUGGAGGGGAAAUUCGUGCGAUUGGAAUUAUGUUUCAGGGAUGCAUCGGGGCAAGGACGUUUCUCUACCAUUAUAAAAUCAUAUUCACGGGGAGUUCAAGGCAUUUUAUUGGUUUAUGACAUUACGAAUAGGUGGUCUUUUGACGGUAUACGUCGAUGGCUUGCUGAAAUUGAUGAGUGUUUCCAGCAUGCACCUGGUGUCCCAAAGAUUUUAAUUGGCAAUAGGCUUCACUUAGAGUUCAAUCGAGCUGUUCCGCGCCGUGAAGCGGAAUGUUUUGCCCGAAAAAGGAAUAUGCAAUAUUUCGAGAUCUCAACAUUAGCGUAUUUUAAUGUACAUGAAAGUAUCACGGAGUUAGCACGUUUGGUCAUUUCGAGAAACGGGAUGCAUCGGUUGUGGAAGUGUGCUCAAGUUGCCUCUUUGCAAGAUCUCUGUUGUCGAGCUAUCAUAAAGAAUAUUUCAAAUGUACAUGCUAUCGAUCGAUUACUCCUUCCCUUAUUUCUCCAGUUAAAAGUAAGGUCGUUCGCCUCCGGUGCAGAUUUAUGCAUGCGCAGUGUUAUCAGACGUCAUUAUGCAACUCCAUAUUUCAGUUCAGCAAGUAAAUACAUCACACGUUUUGUGCGAGCACGAGAUACGAGCACAAAAGAUCAUUUGCGAAACGCAAACUGCGACUUGAUGUGA